AGGAGCUACUUAAAGGCAAGCGUGAUCUCCUCUGUCGUCGUGCUUCUCCCAACGCCGCACUGCGAACGUAGCCAACAUGAAGGUUGCCGUCUUACUCGCUCUCCUGGCUUCCACGGUCGCCUCACCCGUGUACCUCAUCAGCCCCUCCUCUUCCAUCUCGGGUCCCAUCUCCUACUCAUCCUUGGCAGCGCCUUCCUUGUACAACCCAGGAGCAUACGUGUACAGAUCAGGCAUCCCCAGCGUGGUGUUUGAGUCUCAACACCCCACGACCUACGUGGCCUCCAGCGGCUCCUAUGAAGGUGAUGCCAGUCUUAAGACAAACACUGAUGCUGACAAAUCAAAGUUUUACUUCAAAGCUGAAUCUCCCAAGGCCUAUUCUGAAGGGCAUGCCCAAAAAACCUACGUUACCGCAGAAGCACCAAAGAAAUACACGGCUAUUGACAAUUCGAAGACAUACUUCAUCCCAAUUGCUGCCGAUGCUCAAAAGAUUUACUCUGCAGGAAACGCUCCCAAAGAUACCGUCGUUGGUAGAGAAGCCAAGACCUACCAGAAAAACGAGGGCGCAAGCCUCAAGACCUACUAACAAAUCUGACUCGCAACAGACUUAGCCAUGAAAAUCUGCAAACGAGUAACUUCCCUAAGCCUGAAAUUUCACACAACACAAUUUGCAUUCACAAACC